CUAGAAGCUGGUGGAGUGGGUCAUCAGUACUGGUUGAGGUUGUGCUGUAGAUGAUGAUCUUGUAGCUCAGUGCUUCGAGCAUUACGUCAUAACCCAAGAAGUGGGUUUGAAUGACAAGGAAUGCACAUACUGACAAGAUCAUAAUCUACAGCACAACCUUAAUAAAACACAACCGUUUUAAUCGUCUUUUUAUUGCUACUUCUUGCGCGACUUGUUUUGCAUCUAGUCAGCAGCACCAUGGACUUGUGCUUCGUUUUUCUCGCUUAUCUGACGCACUUCGUUGUGAAAGGUGUGUUUGGUGUCGAUCCAGAUGAAGUGAAGUCAGUGACGGAGGGACAUUCUGUUACUCUACACACUGGUGUUGUCAAACAGAGAGAUGAUCUGAUCGUGUGGUAUUAUGGGCCUGAAAACACAGUUGUGGCAAGAAUCAAUGGAAAGGCCAGCAGCACCAUGUUCUCUCAGGAUGAGAUGUUCAGAGACAGAUUGAAACUGAAUCAUCAGACCGGAGAUCUGACCAUCACACACAUCACAUCUCAUCACUCUGGACUUUACACACUGAGGAUCAGCAGCAACAAUAAAGUCUCAUACAAGACAUUCAAUCUCACUGUCAACGGUCCUCUGCCUUUCCUUCCCCUGAAUCCCAUCACAAACCACGCUGAAGAUUCAGAGUCUCCUGACCGGCGGGUCAUUGUCAUUACAGCUGUAGUUGUCUCUGUGUUCGGUGUCAUCACCAUCACCACCAUCACCACCAUCAGUGUCUUCAUGUACAGAAGAGCUAAAGCACUUCCAGGGAAAUCCUCAGAAAGUGAAAAUUGUCUGACUGAUGAAAUAAGAAGCAUCAAUUCCUGCAGCACAUCUGAAGAUGAAGAAGCCUCGAGGUGUCCGAAUGGAAAACAACACUGGAUUGGAGCAGGAUUGGUGUGAAGGUGAUUUGAGCAGUAUGUGUUAGUGCACAUCUUUAACAGAGGCAUGAGCGAGUGUCACUUUAGCUGAGAACAUCUGAGCCCCUAAAAUCAAACGCCCCAAUUGCCCCAUCUGUCUUGCUAGUAGUAUUUACUUUGUCAUUUAGCAAACGCUGAAUUUAUCCAAAGCCACUUACAAAUGAGGCAGGACAAGAGAAGCAAUCAGGGCAACAACAAGGGCAACACUACAUAAAGUAGGAAAGAAAAGCAGAAGAGGGCUCUGUGUUAUUGUGUCAGGUGUUGACGCAGGAGAUGAGUCUUUUAGCCCACUCUUAAAGAUGGCUGAAGAAGAAGACCGGCAGACCAUCUCACCAUCGUGGAACAGUUCCAUAGAAGGUGCAUAAAAGUGAUUUUGUGCCGUUUUGGGAUGGUACCACAAGACACUGUUCAUAAGCAGAGCGCAGGGAUCUAGAGCCGUGGUUACUUCAGCUAACUAUACUUCAGCCUUUACAAGGAAAAAGUUUGAGAACCAUUGAUCUAGAGGGUACAUAUGUCUGAAUUGCUGAGUGUAGGUUUGGGGGUGCUGACCCAGUGGUGGUCUUGUAAGUCAAGAGCAGAGCUUUGAAUGUGAUGCUGGCGGCUGUAGGGAGCUAAUGUUACCUGAUGGAGAGCGGUGUCACGUGUGCUCCCAUAAUCAUAUCAGCAGCCCCUCAGGACACUUUAUAUUAUAUUGAUGCAUUUAGCAGAUGCUUUUAUCCAAAGCCACUUACAUAGCCUAAGCAUUAUGAUAUACAUGUGUUUGUGCAAUCCCUGGGAUCAAACCUGUGACCUUGGGUUGUUCAUGUUCUAACCACUGAGCCACAGGAAAAGACAUUUAUCAGCGUUUUUGGACAUGGACAUUUUGGUCCAUUUUGUUUUUAAAAAUCUGUCAUUGCUCAAAAUAAUAAUGCAUUAAAUUUAAUGUUGAUGUUACUUAUUAACAUUUCCAAGACCAUUUUCCAUGAAAAAAUCAGCUUCACAUAGAAAACAAGUAUUAUUCAUUUUUUAUUAAAAAGAAACAGUAGCGCCAUGUAAACAAAUGUAAUGAAAUUGUAAGAUAAAUCACACUACAUGACAUUUUUGAGGCUAUGGGUUUUCAUUAUUAUAGAUUCUAUAUUUCUUUAUUUUAAUCUAUAUUUAACUGUUUGUUCCCUUUCUACCCUAUUUGGACUCAUAGUAGUGUAAUUUCAAUGAGAAUGUUUUAUCCAACAAACACCAUUAUGUUAAUGCAAUAACUGCAUGUGGAAGUUUCCAACGUUAUUAAAGGACAUGAGAUUUACACAUUUUUAACAGAAGCUAUAGUCAGUUUAUGACUCUUUUGCAAUAAAAACUGAUAAUGCAUUGUGGGUUUUGUUUUUGAAGAAGCACAAUGGCGCUGAUGUUUCACAUGAGUUUAAGUACGAGUUUGUCUGGCCGUGUUUGUGGUUCUCAUGUCUGGAAUAUAUGUGGAAAAUAUUAACACUAAUUUAAGAGGAGAAGCGAGAUAUUUGACUGGACUGAGUUUGAGUUUUCAAUGCAAUUUCCUUUAUUCUUAUGUAACCGCGUUGACUUUGUAUUUUCUGCACUUUUUCUUACUUUUACACAUGUUAACAUUGCUUAUACUAUUUUUUUGAUGAUCUUGCUUAUAAUUAAAGGUUAUUUUAAAGGUUAAA